AUGCUGUGAAUGGUAGGCUAUAAGAUAGACAUAGAAUUCCAACUCGUCGGAAAUUUUAUCACUAUUGUUUAUUCCAUUUUCCAAUCUGCAUUGCCACAUGCAUUUGUGUAUGUUGGAUUCUUCUGUUCUUAUGAAGAAAUCGCAAUCGCUAUGCUUAUGCCUGUAUAUUUCUAUCACUAUCGCUAUUCCUUCGCAUUGUGUAAGGGACUUAAAACUUCCACUUCCAUUCUCCAUUGUUCUUCAUCGCCCUGUCGUGUUUUUGCUGAGUCCUUAAAUUCCUAAGGUAUCCCUACACACUUAAAGAUGGGUAGGGAGGACAAAGCUACAUGGAAAUCCAAUUACUUUACUAAACUUGUUCAACUAUUAGAUGAUUACCCAAAAUGCUUCAUUGUGGGUGCGGACAAUGUUGGUUCAAAACAAAUGCAACAAAUUCGUAUGUCACUACGUGGCAACGCAGUUGUAUUGAUGGGUAAGAAUACCAUGAUGAGAAAAGCAAUUCGUGGUCAUAUCGAACGAAAUGCAGCACUGGAGAAACUACUGCCUCAUAUCCGUGGUAAUGUAGGAUUUGUUUUUACUCGAGGUGAUUUAAUUGAAGUAAGGGACAAAUUGUUGGAGAAUAAAGUACGCGCCCCUGCAAGAGCAGGAGCCAUUGCACCCUUAAGCGUAAUUAUUCCUGCCCAAAAUACAGGACUUGGUCCUGAAAAAACAUCUUUCUUCCAAGCCUUGAGUAUUCCAACUAAGAUUUCCAAGGGUACUAUUGAAAUUAUAAACGACGUUCACAUUCUCAAACCUGGUGACAAAGUAGGAGCUUCGGAAGCCACACUUUUGAACAUGCUGAACAUCUCUCCAUUUUCCUAUGGAUUAUUGGUCGAACAGGUGUAUGAUUCUGGCACCAUCUUCGCUCCUGAGAUUUUAGACAUCAAGCCUGAAGACCUUCGUGAGAAAUUCAUGGCUGGCGUUGCAAACUUGGCUUCAGUUUGUUUGACAAUUGGUUAUCCCACGGUUGCUAGCGUGCCGCAUAGCAUUGCGAACGGCUUCAAGAAUCUGCUUGCUAUUGUUGCUGUUACUGAAGUUGAAUUUGCAGAGGCUGCCACUAUUAAGGAAUAUGUCAAGGAUCCAAGCAAAUUUGCUGCUGCUGCAGCUGCUGCGGCAGCUCCUGUAGCCGCAGCUAUUGAUACUCCUGCUGCGGAAAAGAAAGAGGAGAAGAAGGAAGAAUCUGAGUCCGAGGAUGACGACAUGGGUUUCGGAUUAUUUGACUAAAAUGCAUCAACUCGCUUCUGAAACAAAUCUAGAGAAUACCCAAUAAAUUUUGGAUAAAUUUUAUAAACUGUAGUUUUUCAGAUAAAAUAAAACUCAAUUGAAACGAU